AUGUCGGAACCAACAAAAAUCAAGACAGCUGCACAUCUCGUGAGCGAGAAAAACCCGAAGGGGAUCAGGCCCUGCUGUGCAUGCCCUGAAACGAAAGCUGCACGCGAUGACUGUUUUCUCAAAUUUGGCCACAGCGUGGAAGAGCACGGCGAGUCUGCCCGCCAAUGCGAAGAAUUGGUACGACGACACCGUGAGUGCAUGGCAUCUCUUGGAUUCCAGGUCUAG